CACCGUCAGUCCGUUUAGCCCUCCGACAUCGAGAAAAUGGCAAAGACCUGGCUGAUAACUGGCGCAUCCUCCGGCAUCGGGCGAGAAAUCUCCCUUGCAGCCCUUGCGCGCGGCGACACAGUCAUCGCCACUAGUCGAACCCCAACGCGACUCGCCGACCUCUCCACACGAGGAGCCACAACCCUAAAACUAGACCUGACCUCCCCCCACUCCGAACUCGCAUCGGUCGUAGCGCAAGCCCUAGCCCAGCACGAGAACAUAGACAUACUAGUAAAUGUAGCAGGCUACCUUCUCGAAGGUGCGGUGGAGGAGACAGAUGAGGGGGAGACGGACCGCCUAUACAAGACCAACCUCUUCGGUCCCAUGAACCUCGCGCGGGCACUCCUCCCGCACUUUCGCGCUCGCAGCAGCGGCGUCAUCGCCAACGUCGCUGGCAUAGGCGCCCUCAGGGGCGCGGCCGCCGCAGGGUACUUUUGCGGGAGCAAGGCGGCACUCAGGGUCGUUACCGAGGCCCUCAGGGCCGAAGUGGCGGCGUUCGGGAUCGAGGUUUGCUGCGUCAUGCUGGGGCAUUUCAGGACCGCGUUCCUGGAGCAUGGGCAUCGGCUCGUAGCACAGGAGCGGAUUGAGGAGUAUGAGGGUGUGCUUGGCGGGAUCAGGAGGGGGUUCAGCGCUUUUCACGGACACCAGCCAGGGGAUCCGGUCAAGGCUUCCGCCGUUAUUGUCCGGGUCUUGGCUGGGGACGCGGGACUUGGGGGGGUGCCCGGAGUGUUGCCUGUUGGGGGGGAUGUGUUUGAGAAGAUGGGGGAGGUUGAGGGCUUGAGAGAGGUGGCAGGGUAUACGAAUUACCAGGGGGAGGAGGGGCAUUGACGGUGGCGUACGAGUAUCAUAGUUUUGCAAUUUAGGAAAAAUUGAAUCUUGGCAGCCGGCUUUGUUGAGGA